AUGUCAGACUCGGAUACUGGCAGCGAUGAUAAUGAACAGAAGAAUGACGAUGUGAACAGUCAAAGUCAUAAUUCCGAUUCUACACCUUCACAUCGGUCCGAUACACCUUCACAUCGAUCGAAUACGCCCUCACAUCGAUCUAACCAUGAUGAAAACUCUCAGGAUUUGCCAAGUGACAGAGGCUCAGAAAAAAGUGACUCCGAACGCUCAUCAGCAUCACCACGGAAAAACAAAAAGAGCUUGAUUGAUGAUAGUUCCGAAGACGAGGGAACAAAAAGCGGCGGCGAAGCAGCGGCAACUGCUACUGCCCGAAUCUUUGGUGAUGAUGUAUCAUCAUCAGAUUCCGAUGACGAACGAGGAGAUGCUGUCAAAAAGAAAAGAAAUGAAAAGGAUGCAGAUGGGGACAUGUCGGAUGCAAGUGGAAAAAGUGGUGAUAGCAUUCAUGGCAUUCGAAUGUACCCAGAACAAGAAGAAGAACCAGAGAAAGAACUUCCACCAACAAUUAUUGAAACGACGAUGAGCAAAGUGGAUUGCGAUUUUGGGGAUGGUAUCCAGUUUAUGAAAAUACCGAACUUCUUCUCUGUUGCGCUAAAACCUUUCGACCCAGAGACUUAUGAGGAAGACGAGGACGACGAUCAUGUAGACGAGGAAGGUCGGAAUCGCUUGAAACUGAAGGCUGAAAACACUAUUCGGUGGCGAUUAGCUCAAGACGCUGACGGCAACGUUAUUAAAGAAAGCAAUACAAAAAUUAUCAGAUGGAGUGAUGGAAGUAUGUCGAUGGUGAUCGGUAAGGAAGUGUUCGAUGUAGAAUCAGUUCCCAUUCACGGCAGCAUGCAGCACCUUUUCAUCCGGCAAGGAACUGGCCUUGUUGCUCAGAAGAUUUUUGACAGGAAACUGAUAUUUCGUCCUCAUUCAACUGAUAGUGAGACGCAUAGAAAGGUCACAAUGAACAUGGCGGAAAGGACGCGUAAAAGUGGCCAAGUUCGGAUGGUUGCGGAAGUUGGUUCAAAUCCGGAACAAGCCAGAAGAGAGGCAGUUCGUAGAGAGGAGGAAGCCCUUAGGGCUGCUAUUCGUAAGGAAACACAACAACGACGCACGAAAGACCGGCAUCGUCCGAACGCUGCUUAUCUGGAAGGCAGACCUGACUACUCAGAUGAAGAAGCUGAGCAUACUCCAAGAGGUCGCGGUAGAGGAUUUGAUGCGCCUUUAAUUGGUGCGAGCGACUCAGAAGAUAGUGAUGUUGGUCGUCGCGGGAAUGAGAAGGAAGCGGAGGAUUCUGAUGAGGAAUUCCGAAGAAAGAAACAACAACAGAAGAAGAAGAUCGUUACGAGUGAUGAAGAGAGCGACUAA